AUGCCGUUCGUCCGCUCCCUUAUUUUGGCUGCGGUGUACUUGCUAACUUCAAAUGCCCGGAAUGGAAUGUCAAAAGAGCUUUGCCAUAGCGUCCCGAAUACUACGCUUCCGGAUUGCAAUACACGCCGCAACCUCGUCCGAUACCAUUAUCACAAAGAUGCGAAGAAGUGUAAAGAAUUCAGCAUUGCCAACUGCUACGAAAGCGGCGACAACUUCUUUCCUUCCAUGGGAGAUUGUAUCGAAUAUUGCCAGCCAGAUCAAACACGACGUAGAUGCUGGCAGCAACAUAAUCCCGGAUUCGGAAGAAAACAUUUGACACGAUGGUACUAUAAUAAUGAGACAAACCAGUGUGAAACAUUUGUUUAUAAAGGAAUUUAUAAAACUGGAAAUAAUUUUAAACACAGAGAAAAUUGCAUUGACUAUUGCAGCUACCCAACAGAGUUCUUUAACAAAAAUAAGGAACAAAUCAAGGAUUUAAUAAACGCUUAUGAAACAGGAAAAGAGGAAGAGUAA